AAAAAAAUUCUCUUUUCUCUGCUUUUGUGAGUCUGAUCUUGGGAAGGCGGAGUGCUCCUUUCUUCCUCAAUCCAAAUUUAAAGAAGCCACUUGAAUACAUUUGAUGGUUGCAGCUCCUCUCUCCAUUACGUUUACGGUUUGGCAUGUAAACAACUGGCUGAUGGUUGGUUUAUCUUUCGUUUAGACUUUCAAGAUCCUCCUGCCAGAAUGUCGCUACACCAGUUCUUACUUGAGCCAAUCACCUGCCACGCCUGGAACCGAGACCGAACCCAGAUUGCCAUCAGCCCGAACAACCACGAAGUUCACAUUUACAAGAAGAAUGGGAACCAGUGGGUGAAAGCUCAUGAACUGAAGGAACACAACGGACACAUCACCGGUAAGAGCCGCAUCAGCUCAUGCAGCUUCUGUCUUGGGCGUUUGUGUGUGUGUGAAUCCUACACAACCUGCACAAUUCUGAAGAAGAUAACCUCUGAUUUCCUGCGAGAGUAAAAUGCCUCUUUUAAGCAUUCCCUUCCUUUGGAUGGAAUUCGUUCUGGCGGGCCUUGUUCCUUCACAUUUCAA